ACAGAGCAAUACACGCAAUUAAGUUCACACCUUCCCCGAACCAAUGAUCGUGCGAAUGUUGACGAUUUAAGCUAAUGAUUAAACUUCGUUUCUCAUUUUCGUCACCUAUUAAAUUAAAGGUUUCCAAAGCGAAACCAGAGCAUUAUGGUUCCACUAAAACGGCCGCUGAGAUCACUCGAUUGCACGCUUUGGUACGGUUCGCUAAGCACGAUACGAUGACAAAUCUUAUUCUAUUCCGAUCAAUCUCGCGCGCUUUGCCGAGAGGUUAACACAAUUGACCUCGAACGCGUUCAUGAGCAUUGGAAGCGAGUGGGGAAAACGCGAAAUGCUUUCUUUUGAAAAAAAAUUCUUCCCCGGUUCCCCAGUAAUGGCAUGAACCUGGCACGGGUGAGAGAAAAUCAGAAAUAAGUCAAUGUCAGCGGGAAUCGCUUCAAAUCAGGAGCAAAUUUAUGUGUCUGGAAAUUGUAGAAUGUGUCUGCUCCCGGCGCUCGGCAAGGCAUUUUUGUAUGAAAUUUGGAAUUGAAAGAAGGAAAAAAAGAGGUGACUCUAUGGAUGGUAAUUAUUCCCUUCCGCAGAUGCCAUUCGUUCCGAGGUGGGACAGAGUGGGUCCGGUGGAUAAUGGGUGGCCGGGUGGUUGACUGCAGCACGGGUUGUUCUUUGACCCCAAAUUUAAACUCAUUCGUCACCGUGAAGCAACGAAGCUUCGGACUCCCAAAGCAUGAGGUCCUACUUGGUGGAAUACAUAAGGUCCUUUUGUAGUGGUCUAAAAUGGACGUGUGUUGGUGAUGUUCUGCCGCCCCCUCCACACGUUGACCAGCGCGUGUUUGCGUGCGUUCGUUGACGAGGGCCAAAAGUGGCACACGCAAUCCUGUAUGGUUAAGGUACGGUGUGGUAGUGUUGGUAUUCCAACACUACACCAAGCGCGAAUGUCCUGGGCCCGAAGCCUGAAAAGCCUGAAGCGUCCCCCCGUGUACAUAGGGUGAAAUAAACGGCUAUAUUCUAGUGACCGCAGGUCACCGCUGGGUCAGUUUGGUUUGAGCGCUCGAAAGGAUUUGUUGGUUUACUCCGGCGGUUGUUACUUUGGGGAAUAAAAUCAUUUCCAUUAGGGAGAAACACAUCUAGCGGAGAGUUGUAAAAGCCAGAUUUCUGAAGCCCAUUGGGGAAUUGUGGUGUGAAGUGAACGGACGAAAAUUGUUCAACUUUAAACGAAACAGUUUAACAUCUUAAAGCAAAGCUCAGUAAACGUUUUGCAUAUUAAGCAAGAUGAAGUCCAAGGUAAUGGAUAACUUACGCGAGCGGCUGAAUUCCUGCGGGACAACUACCAUAAAAUAUUUGCUGUUUGUGUUUAACCUCGUCUUUGCGAUUUCAGGGCUGAUUCUGCUGGUCGCGGGCAUUAUCGUGCUGGUGGAUGUCAACGACUAUCAGCACUUCGUGCAGGACCGCCUGAUGGCCCCGCCGGUUGUGCUGAUCGUCGUUGGGUCCUUUGUGUUUCUGGUGGCGUCGCUCGGUUGCUACGGAGCCAUUAAGGAGUCGCCGAAGCUGCUGAACGCGUUCGCCGUGUUUCUGCUGAUUGUCUUCCUAAUUGAGGUCGCCGUCGCAAUAGCGGCGAUUGCCUUCAAGGCAGAUUUGCAGGACGCGUUGCGGAAGCAGCUGGACAAGUCGAUCGCUCGGCACAACCACGCGGACAUGGUGGCGUGGGACAGUGUGCACCGAAAGAUGAUGUGCUGCGGCAUCCAAGGACCGAAAGAUUGGUACGACAACUUGAACAAAACAAUGCCCGCUUCCUGCUGCAAGCCCGAUCUGAUCGAACCGGAAACGAAUGACUGCAAGAAUGCCCCACCAUUGUUCAUGGAUCGUUACUAUCAGGACGGAUGCUUGAUGAAGUUAGAGGACCACUUCCACAAAAAUGCCGUUGUUCUGAUUGCUGUUGGCUUUGCAAUAGCCAUAUUUCAACUGUUGGGAGUAUUCUUCGCUUGCUGGCUGUCAUCGUCCAUCAAAAGAAGUCACGCAUAAGCCGGCGUAUACUAGCCUCUCUGGGGUAAAAUUUUAUCUUAACUAAAUCAGAUAUUUUAAAUUGAAUUUAAAUGUAAAAAUGAGCCUGUUUGAUCUAAAACCCAUACUAUAUUUGCACAUCUUUUGAGUAGAAUGACAACCGAAGCAGGAUACUUUACAUCUCGAGGCAAUUUGAAACAGUUACCAGUAGUAUAUAACUAUAAAUUAAAGCUGUUACGAUAGUUUAUUUUAGUUCUAGAUACGCAGUUGCUACUAUGCUAUGUAAACCUAGCUUAUAGAAUAAUAUGUCGCUUAUCACGAUGCUUAGACGAUGAUUUCAAGAGGCUAGUUAGGCGAUGGUGGAGUAAUACUGCUCUUCUUCUGAAACAGGCCCCAUGUGAUGGUUUGAACAUGUUUUCCAUGUAAGCAAUACAAAAGACAACCAUUGUGC